AGAUAAAACGAUUGUUGUAUUUCUCAAAUAAAACUGUCACUGAGAUUUACGAAAACAAAUUAAAUAUUACUAAUUAUACUAUCAAUCAAGCUUUGUUGAAACAAAACGCCAGUAGACAUUUUUCGUGGUAAUGAAUGGAGUACGCCGGUAAGAAAGAUGUGAUGAUAAGUUCCGUAAAGUUUUUAAGAAAUCAAUAUGGCCCUCAAGCUGGGGAAAUGCAGACUUUGUCUGAAGCUUGGCGACUUUUACUCCAUCUUCACCGUGGACAAUGCCAUCCAACUGGCAGAGAUGGUCAUGGAAUGCGCCCGGGUGAAAAUCUACGAUGGCGACGGGCUUCCCGACAAGAUUUGUUCCGAGUGCGUACAGAAGCUCAGCAGCGCAUACAUCUUCAAGCAGCAGUGCGAGCGCUCUGACCAGGAGCUGCGCAGGAACUAUGUGCCGCCGCCGGGUUUCAGUAUCACGCCCCCACCGCCACAAAACAGACAAAGCAGCGAUUCCGCGUUCUCGUCCCAAACUGACAUCUCGAACCAGACCAAGCCGUCUUCCUCCAACGAGAACGCCGUCACGCCGGCCAGUCGCUCGCGCAAGCGCAGCCGCGAAAGCGCCGACAACACCUCCGUCAGUAGUCGUUCCCACGACUACGCGCCCGCCACAAAACGCGUCUCCGAACUCCGCGAUUCCCAAAAGAAACGCCGCGUCCAAAACUCCUACGAGGACGACUCCGACUACGAGGACCACAUGUCGACCUCCCAGUUCUCCGCCGGCACCGACUCCGACGAGCCGCUCCUCAAAAACUCCUUCAAGUGCAAAAAGUGCGAAAAGUCAUUCGCGAGCGCCAAAAGUUUAGCCCUCCACAGCCGGACGCACAAAAAGGACAGCCUCGGCCAGAACGAGGUGGUCAACAUCCCGAAACCCGCCCCUUCGGAGGACGCGACCGACGACGACGACAAGCUGUCGUGCGACAAAUGCGGGAAGACGUUCAAGCUGAAGAUAAUGCUGAAGCGGCACCACGACCUGUGCGGCGUCAUCGCCGAGGUGUCCCCGCAGAAGGAGUUGCUCGUGUCUCUCGAGCCGAUCGACGCACCGGUUCACCCGAAAAAGAUCGAGUGCGAGAUAUGCACGUCCAAGUUCAAAUCGAUCGAUAAUCUGAACAAGCACUUGCGAGUGGUGCACGCGGCGGCGCCGAAACCGGAUCCGUCGCCGGUGAAAGAGAAAAAAGUGUCGGUGCCGUGCAUAUUCUGUCGGAAGCAGUUCGACGACUACUACGUGUAUACGGCGCACCACAACAGCUGCAACAAGCGGCGGGAGUUGGACGCGUUCUCGUGUCCGGUGUGUAAGCGGUUGUCGGGGAAGCGCAGCGCGUUCUUCGUUCACGUGAAGAACCUUCAUUUCGAGCGCGGGUUGUCUGGUAAAGAGGAGCCGCGGGCCGAGGCGUUCGACUGCCGCGUGUGCAGCAAGCGGCUGGCGUCGCAGGAGCAGCUCAUCACGCACCUGGCCGCGCAUAUGUCCCACAUUGAUGAGCCCGAGGCCGCCGCCGACGACGAGUCCAGGGCUAGCACCUUAGACGAUUCUGCAUCGAUUACGUCGGCGGACUACACCAGCUCAAAAUACGUUUCCAACGGACCUUUAAAGUGUGGUAUCUGCGACAAACGGUUCACGUACAAGAAGGCGCUGGUCACGCACCACGAGCGCUGCCACGCGAAUAUGGAGCUGCAGGUGAAGGUCGAGCCGCCUGAUAAGAUGCCCGAGCAGGACAAUCCGAAUCUUCUCAGCGAGACGCGAGCACCUUCCGAAUCAGAAUCGAGCGACGAGGAAGGCGACGACAACACGUGUGAUAUAUGCGAGAAACAUUUCUCAUACAAGCGGCUGCUAUUGCAACACAAGCGCACCAAACAUAACCUAAGCUCGGGGACCAAGCGAGCCAAGAUCACGCUCAAAGACUGCUCUGUGAGGUGCCUCAUCUGUGACUUGGAAAUGAAAGUCAGCGCCAUCAACGAGCACAACCAGAAGCACAUCUCGGUGAACAUCAAGCCGCGCAACGUUUACACGUGCGCCGAGUGCCAGGACAAGUUCAAGAGCUGCAGCGCGCUGGCCGGACACAUCAAAUUUGUUCAUAGAUUAAAACAGCCGCGAGCGCCGAAAGCGCCGCGUGCCCUCGAAGGCGGUUCGGAGUUGGCGGAUUUUUGCGAGGUCGUUGUGACUAAGGCGGAACCCCUGGACGCGCUCCAGGAUCACAACGACCCCGGAGCAGUUCCGCCCAGUGUCAGCGCCGCCGGGUUUACCUGCCCGCUGUGUACUAAACGAAUGCCCACGCUGUUGGCUCUCAAACGGCAUGUUAAUUGGCAUACAUAUCGUGGGAAAGACCUGGAGAAGAAUAUUGAAUGCGCCGUGUGUAAGGAGACCUUCCGUUUCCAAUGCCACUACAAGUUACACAUGCGCGGGCACUACCGGGACCCGAACUUGGACCCGGUGCACCUCACGUGCCCCAUCUGCAACCGCAAGAGCAAGCAUUUAAGAGCGGCCCAGAUGCACAUGAACUACCAUAAGCAGACGCGCUUCAAUACUGCCGACUAUCAGUGCUCGAUUUGCAAGCGAGUCUUCCAGCAUCGGAAGGUGUACCUCUCGCACAUGGCCAUCCACUUCAAGCGCGGCGAGAGCGGCCAGAACACCAUCGUCGGUGACGUCACGCCCAACAACGCCGACAAGACGCGCUUCGACGGAACCAACACCUGCCACCUCUGCGGAAAGGUCUGCGACUCCGAAAACUCGCUCAAGCACCACGUGCGAUGGCACAACUCCAAGUCUUCCUUAUACGGAGCACGCCACGAGUGCCAGUUCUGCCAACUAGUCUUCACGAAUAAGCGCCGUUUAGAAAUCCAUAUAAGAUCACAUUACGAGGACGACAACGGACCCUUCAAGUGCACUAUCUGUGGGAAGGGAUACAUCGACGAGGAAUACUUUCGAAGACACGUUAAAGGACACAACUUCGACCACCAGUCACAUAAGGAUAGAAUCGAUAAGUUAAGAAAGGAUAAAGUCAAGUGCCCGAUCUGCGCUCGCUUCUAUCCAGACUUGAUCCAUUUGAUACGGCAUCUGAGACGCACCCAUCCUGAGAGCAAAAUGAUCAAGACCGAUCCUGAUGCGCCGGCGCCGGUCUACUUUUCCUGCAAGCUGUGCGCCAAAGUGUUUCUCGACGAACGCCGCUUCCAAAAGCACGAGGAGGCCCAUAUGAGAAAGCCGCAGUUCUUCAAAUGCAAAUUCUGUGGGAAAAACACCAUCUCGAUGAAAACCCACAACCUCCACAUCAAGGGUCACCUAACCCAGAAGUACCUAGACGAACCGCUGAAGUGCAUGCACUGCGACGAAAAGUUCUACAAGGGCUACCAUUUGCACCACCAUUUGAGGGAUGCGCACCAGAUCAAUGAAACGUGGAUCGCCGAGCGCACCGAGCCCACUCUUAGCGGGCCUUUGAAAGAGUUCCAGUGCUCAGUUUGCCUGAAGGUGCUCGCCAGCAAAGGAAACUUCGAGCGGCACAUCGACUACCACAAUACCCUGCGUUGCAACUACUGCUUCGACUACUUCAGCACCAUCCGCUUCCUGGAAGGCCAUCUGGCCUUCAGCUGCGACAAGAAGAAGCUCCUCGGGGACACCGAGCCCCAUCUAAGGAGGAUCAAGUGCCACGUCUGCUACAAAGCCUUCCACUUGCAGGUCAAACUGGACUGUCACUUGCGGACGCGACACGGGAUCAAAGUGAAUAAAGAAGCGUCGAGCGGGAAAAAGGAGUUCGUCUGCGAUUUCUGCUUCCGCGUAUUCGAGAAUGAGGACUCGCUGACCGGGCAUAAGGUCUACCACCGAACCAUCGGCUACUACGGCUGCAUCUACUGCAAGCGGAAGUUCAACACGCUGACUUUGUACCGCAAGCACAAGAACCACCACUUCUCCCAGCUUAACGUCGACAACCCUACCAAGUGCGAGCACUGCGACGAGACUUUCGUCGCCUUCCGCGAGAUGAUUUACCACAUGCGGGAUGUCCAUAACGACGAUAAGGAGUGGAUCAUCAUGCCUAAAGACUCUAUAGAGGAGACGUGCCCGAUAUGCAACAAAGUGUUUUUCAAUCUACACAGACAUCUGGAAUACCACGAGGAGAACAAGUGCAAGAAAUGCAACGAAUACUUCUACUCGCGCGCCGAUUAUGACAACCAUUUAUGCUCGAUCGAAAGCGACGACGAGGAGGCAGGCCCGAGCGAGAAUAGCUCGCUUCCGGCGUAUGAAGAGUGCGAGUUCUGCUUCAAGCCGAUCACGAGAAAAUCCUCGAAACGUAAGCACGACAUCAUCCACCGCGGCUCCGGCUCGAUCUCCUGUCGUUUCUGCCCGCUCAAGUUCAAGACCAUAGACGCGUUUAACAUCCACGCGUUCUCGCACCGCAGCAGAAAGUACAAUAAGCGGCCGAUUAAAUGUCGGAAGUGCGGCGAGAAGUUCGUCAAGUACGGGCCGUUUAUGAAGCACAUGAAAAACGUGCACAAAUCCACGAAGAAAAUUCACUAUCGUGCCAUUGUGAAGCCGGAGAGAUGCGUCGUUUGCGGAGGAGACUUCCCCAAUCUACACAAUCACUACCGCGCGCAUUUACUCAACCAAUGCCAGCUUUGCGGCAAGUACUUUUCGUCCUCAAGACUGUUCUCGAGACACCGCUGCGACCAGGAAGACGCCGAUCCCUCUAAAGUGUUUGUCUGCGACAAGAACCUCGACGCGCUCAUCAACUCAUACGUCCCUAAAGACUUGAAGGACGACGAGAAGUUCUACGGGGGUUCCGAAGACGAGGAUGAGGAAGAACCGACUGAACCGCCAGUUGCUUUAGAGGCGAAGGAACUGAAAGCGUCGAUGUCUCAAGACGAGGACAGUCAGGCUGCCGACAUGACAUUCUCGCAGGACGAAGCCAGCCAGGAAGAGAAAGAAUUCACUCAAGAGGAGCGGGAACUUCACCAGAUGGUAUCCUCGCCGAUCAUAUCCGACGUGUUAUCGUUGUAUCAGCAAAGCCAAAGCACCGAAGACCGCAAGCAGAUCGUCAAUGAGAAGGAUAUUGUUUCCCUGAUCGACGACGAUUCGUUGGACAUGGACGUCGUCAGUAUUCCUGUAAUUACGAUUGAUUAACUCGAGGAAAAGUGGUCACAUGAGACCGCGGUAACAAUUGAAGUCUAUGAUGUCUCGAUUCUCUGGUAUAAAUGGAUAAAUAUCCAUGAGUGCACACGCGCAUUACAAUAAUGCCGCUCGGAUUGCUCGGAUCGAACUCCCCGCACGCGGGGACCCUCGACCGAAAAGUGGUGGGGCGCAUCUUCGUGGAUGAAACGAUCUAUACUUGAUAGGUUAAUCGAUUAUUCGGAAAUUAAAUCGGACUUGUACACGAUAAUCGAUGGAAAUAUUCGAGCUGAAAUAUUUAGGCAGCAUGGAUUAGUACAGAACAGAUCAGAGGCGGGGCAAGACCUAAAUUUGAUGUGGGCAAGACAGAUUUCGCGAGGCCUUGUUCUGUGGCGACCUGAAGA